CUCGUACUCUUCCCACCCUACGUCGGACCCGCCUCUCCUCUCUCUGACUCGUUCCGCCUCGGUCUCUGUCUCUGUCUCUCUCUCGUGCCGCAGGUCGUCCUCUGCAGCUCGCCUCCGCCUCCGCCUCCGGCUCCAUCUUGGUCGCAGCUCGCCCUCUCCCUCCAGUGGUACCGUUCGAGAGAGAAGAUGUUCGGGGUUGUGAGACAAAAAGUUAGCGCGGGUGGUUCUCCUCUUACGAUUCUAGGACAGACGUUGCCGUUCCUCCGCGCCGUGGCGUCGCCGUUGAGGAGUUACUCAUCUGCAGCUAAAGAGAUGACAGUGCGAGAUGCUCUAAAUUCGGCACUUGAUGAGGAAAUGUCAGCUGAUCCACGGGUAUUCUUGAUGGGUGAAGAGGUUGGGGAGUAUCAAGGUGCAUACAAGAUAUCAAAGGGUCUACUUGAUAAAUAUGGCCCCGACAGGGUUCUUGAUACCCCGAUCACAGAGGCUGGUUUCACUGGAAUUGGAGUUGGUGCUGCUUACCAUGGUCUCAAACCCGUUGUAGAGUUCAUGACCUUUAACUUCUCCAUGCAGGCAAUUGACCACAUCAUUAAUUCUGCUGCAAAAUCAAAUUAUAUGUCUGCUGGUCAGCUGUCAGUACCGAUUGUUUUUAGAGGUCCAAAUGGAGCUGCUGCAGGAGUUGGUGCUCAACACUCUCAGUGUUACGCUGCAUGGUAUGCCUCUUGCCCAGGCUUGAAAGUAUUGGCUCCAUACUCCUCUGAAGAUGCCCGUGGCCUGUUGAAAGCUGCCAUAAGGGACCCUGAUCCUGUAGUUUUCCUCGAGAAUGAGUUAUUAUAUGGCGAGUCAUUCCCUGUUUCAGCUGAAGUGCUAGAUUCCAGUUUUUGCCUUCCCAUUGGAAAAGCCAAGAUUGAGAAGGAAGGGAAGGAUGUGACGAUAACGGCUUUUUCAAAGAUGGUGGGCCUUGCCCUCCAGGCAGCUGAUAUUCUUGCAAAGGAAGGAAUUAAUGCUGAGGUCAUUAAUUUGAGGUCUAUUCGACCUCUUGAUAGAGCCACUAUCAAUGCUUCAGUCCGGAAAACCAAUCGGCUUGUGACAGUUGAGGAAGGGUUCCCUCAGCAUGGCAUUGGCGCUGAGAUCUGCACAUCAGUUGUUGAGGAGAGCUUUGGUUAUCUCGAUGCGCCGGUCGAGAGAAUUGCUGGUGCUGAUGUUCCCAUGCCUUAUGCUGCCAACUUGGAGAGGACGGCUGUCCCUCAGGUUGAAGAUAUAGUUCGUGCAGCAAAGCGAGCUUGCUACAGAUCCAUGCCAAUGGCUGCAGCAGCUUGAAUCGACAAGAGAGAAACCAAUAAAGAUUUUUUCAAGCUGAAGGUCGGCCUCAGCUGAAUUAGUUAGGUUUCCCGGUUUUAUGGAUGGAUGUCCACCUCCGGAGGUGACUUCUUCUCCUUUUGUUGGUUGGCCUUCUUGGUUUGGGGG